AAUACAAGACAAAAAGACAUUUGCACGUGUAGUGUUUGGUAAAAUUGAAAAGAAUUUGUGAAAAGUGGGAAAAUUUGUGAAAUAUUUUACAAUAAUUAAAUAUAACAAUGCCUGAAGAUGAAGGUAUUGAUAAAAAGAAAUCCCAUCGCGCUCGACAAUCUGGCGUUAAGGCGGAGAAAAAGAAAUUAAAAGCUAAAAAAGAGUCAAACCAAAAAGAACCCAACUUAACGGCACGCCAACGGAAUCCCAAAGCAUUUGCCAUUAAUUCAGCUCAAAGAGCUGAAAGAAACUUUCGGCGCAAAGAGGAUAUAACAGCAAAGAAGCAGCACAUACCGGUUGUAGAUCAAACUCCAGAUGAGCCACCACCAGUAUUGAUAGCUGUUGUUGGUCCACCAAAGGUGGGCAAAACCACUUUAAUUAACAAUUUAAUCAAAACAUUUACAAAAACUAAUGUGAAUGAUAUUAAAGGUCCUAUAACCAUUGUUACUUCCAAGAAGAGACGCAUUACCCUCUUAGAAUGCAACAAUGAUAUCAAUUCCAUGAUUGAUGUGGCCAAGUGUGCCGACUUGGUGUUGCUAAUGUGUGACGCCAGUUACGGUUUUGAAAUGGAAAUUUUUGAAUUCCUCAACAUUUGCCAAGUUCAUGGCAUGCCCAAGAUAAUGGGAGUUCUUACUCAUUUGGAUAUGAUUAAAAAUCCUAAAGCGUUAAGAAAACGCAAGAAGGAACUUAAACAUCGUUUUUGGACAGAAGUUUAUGAUGGCGCCAAAUUGUUCUAUUUAUCUGGUUUGCUUCAUGGUGAAUACUUAAGGAAUGAAAUUAAGAAUUUGGGACGUUUUAUAUCGGUGAUGAAGUUUAGACCCUUACAGUGGCGUGGAGCGCACAGCUAUGUGAUAGUAGAUCGUGUGGAAGAUAUAACAAAUACCGAUACCAUACGACGUAAUCCGAAAUGUGAUCGAGAUGUGGUAUUGUAUGGUUAUGUUCGCGGUGUACCUUUAAAACAGGAACAUAUGGUUCAUAUAGCUGGUUUGGGCGAUGUCCGCAUUAAUGAAUUAAAUGUUAUACCAGAUCCUUGUCCUUUGCCGGGCACUGAGAAGAAACGUACUUUGCUGGAAAAGGAACGUUUACUCUAUGCUCCCAUGUCUGGUGUGGGUGGUAUUGUUUAUGACAAGGAUGCUGUGUAUAUAGAAUUGCAAGGAUCUCAUAGCCAUAAAGAGAAGACUGCAGAUGCCACUGAACAGGAGGAAUUGGUGGGAAAACUUAUAGAAAAGAAACAGACGGUAGAUGAACAAAUUGAUGAGCAAGAAUUCCGAUUGUUUUCUGAUGGUCAAGCAAUUAAAUCAAAAGAUUAUGUGGAUGAAGAUGCUGAGAAUAGUGAAGAGGAAGUUGAAGAGGAUGAUUCUGGUGUUGAUGAUGACGAAGAUUCAGAUAGCAAUGAAAAGGGAAAUGAAUUUGAGGCAGAUGACUGGCGCAAUGAAGAUUCCGAAGAGGAAACUAAAGAUGAUGAUAGCAACUCCGAACAGGAUUCAUCAGAUGACGAUGACUAUCAAGAUUUAGAAAAGAUUACAAAAACUAAAAAAACGAAAUUCAAUGCUGACAGUGAUGCUAGCGAAGACGAAAAUGACAUUGAAGAUGAUGAAGAUGAAGGUAGCGAUGAUGAUGCUGAUCAGGAAGCUAUUUUAGCAAACAGCAUGAGUUGGAAAGAAAAUUUAGCUGAAAAAGCUAGAGAUGCAUUUCUACAACGUCAUUCAGAAUCAAAGAACUUAAUGCGUCUGGUCUAUGGAUGUUAUCUUCAAAGUGAGCGCAAAAAGGAUGAAGAAAAUAUGGAUCAACAAGAAUCGGAAAAUUCCGAUGAUGACGAAAUUGGUGGUCUCUUCAAGGUGGCGGCUAAAAAGCAAACACAAAUGCAGAAAGAUAAAGACAUUCGUGAUAAAGAGGAGUCGUGCUUUUUCCAAGAUAGUUUUGAAACGACUAGAAAUUGGCUGGAGGAUAGUAAUAAAGACUUGAUAAAGAACUGUUUUGUUACGGGCAAGUGGAAAGCUUCUGAAGAUGCAGAAAAUCUUUUACGAUUAGAUGACAUGAGUGAUGCAGAAAGUGAAGUUUAUGGUGAUUUUGAAGAUUUAGAAACGGGUGAAAAACAAAGUGGUAAACCUCAAGAUUUAGAAGAGGAUGCUACCAAGAAUGAAACGGAAGAAUCUUCUGAAAAUAGAAAACGUAAAAUGACUCGUGUGGAGGAAGAAAAUCUUACAAAAGCUGAAAUAAUGGCGAAAAAAUUAAAGCUUAAGGCUAAAUUUGAUGCUGAGUACGAUAAUAAGGGAGAAAAAGAAGACGAUGGCCGUAUCACGGGUGACCACGAUUACUAUGAAAGCCUUAAAGCAGAAGCUCAAAAACAAUCACAACUGAAUAAAAGUGAAUUUGAAAAUCUUGAUAACGAUUUGCGUAUACAAAUUGAAGGUUAUCGGGCAGGUUUAUACGUGCGUUUGGGUUUCAAAGAUCUACCAGCUGAGUUUAUAGAAAACUUCGAUCCCACAUAUCCUGUGUUGAUUGGCGGUCUUAAUAUGUCAGAAGAAAACAUAGGUUAUGUUAACUGCAAAGUUAAGAAACACAGAUGGUACAAAAAGAUUUUAAAAUCUGGUGAUCCUAUUAUAAUAUCUAUGGGUUGGAGACGAUUCCAGACGGUAGCAGUUUACGCUAAAGUGGAAGAUAAUUUCCGUCAUCGCUUUUUGAAAUAUACUCCCGAACACGUUACUUGCAGCAUGACCUUUUGGGGACCAAUUACGCCCCAAAAUACUGGUUUCUUGGCUUUGCAAACUGUGCGUCAUGAUCAGGAGGAAUUAAAAAGAAUCGGUUUUCGUGUUGCGGCAACUGGUUGUGUUACAGAACUCGAUAAAUCGUGCCAAAUCAUGAAGAAACUUAAACUUGUAGGUCAUCCUUUCAAAAUCUAUAAAAAGUCAGCAUUCAUUAAGGGUAUGUUCAAUACCAGUUUAGAAGUCGCUAAAUUCGAAGGUGCUAAAAUUAAAACCGUGUCCGGUAUCAGAGGUCAAAUUAAAAAGUCCCAUCACACACCCGAAGGAUCAUUCAGGGCAACAUUUGAAGAUAAGAUUUUGUUGAGUGAUAUUGUAUUUUGCAGAACAUGGUUCCGUGUUGAUGUGCACCGCUUCUAUGCUCCUGUUACUACACUUUUACUGCCACCAGAGCAAAAACUUUACUGGCAGGGUAUGAAGACUUUGGGACAAUUAAAACGAGAGCGUGAAAUUAAAAAUGAAGCUCAACCCGAUAGUUUGUAUACUGAAAUCAAACGCACACCUAAGGUGUUUAAACCUUUGGUUAUACCAAAGGCUUUACAAAGAGCUUUACCCUAUAAGGAUAAACCUAAAGCUGGUCCUCUAAAUCCUAAAGAGAAAGAAGAACGCGUAGCUGUCAUACGAUCACCUCACGAACAAAAGGUUGCUAAAUUAAUGAACAUGAUUGAAACAAAUUAUCAAGAAAAGCGCAACAAGGACAGACAUGACACCAAAGUACGCGUGAAGAAAUUCAAGUUACAGAAAAAGGCCGAAGAACUUUCAAAAUUGAAGCGACAAAAAGAGUUGCGUAAAAAGGUUUCCAGAGCUUUAAGUAAAAUGAAGGGUAAACAAAGACAAUAAUAAAGAAUCCCUGCCAGUUAAGAUUACACGUGUGUCUUGUAUGUAAAUUAAGUUUGAAAUAUUUUAUGUAUAAAAUUAAUUUGUUUUAUAUAUUUUUUGUAUAAGAAAAUAGAGAAUGAAUAUUAAACAUUA